AUGACCAGUCAGCCAAAAAAUGUGAGUGUUUCAGCCUUCAGGCUCUAUUUCGUGCUUGGGAUUCAAGUAACUCCUGCUUUUUGCCCCGACGGAAUGUCCAUUGUCAGUGCAAAGGAGAAGGCUGGGGAUUUAAGAUUGACUCUCAAGCUAUUUGACUACAUCCAAGGUAAGAACAGCUACCAAAAACAUACAGAGAUGACAUCACCGGUGAUCACCGAGGUCUCUCCAAGCUAUGGUCCGUUUUGCAGAUCCUCGUUUGUCGUGAGCUUCUAUGUGCCGAAAGAGAACCAAGCAAACCCGCCCCCAGCGGAAGGCCUCCAUGCGCAGAGGUGGAAGCCCACUUACGUUGCCAUUAGACAGUUUGGCGGAUUCGUCGUCGACUACGAUGUUGCAGUGGAGGCAGCCGCCUUGGAAGCCAGCCUUAGCGGCACUACUUGGGCUAAUGCCACCCAGAAGAGCCGCGAGAAAGAGAGCAGCACUAGCGCUUCGGUUUACACGGUCACGCAGUAUAAUUCUCCGUUCGAGUUCGAUAACAGAGUAAACGAGAUAUGGAUGCUGUUCGACAUGGAAGAUGCUCCCUCCAUAUGAGUGAGAGAGUGAAGGAUAGAGAAGUCUCUCUAGUCUUUACAGA